AUGGCUACCAUUGACGAGAUGGAUCAGUUUGUCAACUGGGACAAGGUCGACGACACUGUUGGUCAGCCCUUCCAGGAGGACGCCCUUGCUGGUCUGACAACCGGUCCCGAUGGCGACAACAUUGAUCUCGUCCUGGCCAAUGUCAAUGAGGAUGACUUUAGCUUCUGCGCCCUUCAGCACUUCUCCGACAACAACUUUCCUCUGCCGGAUCUCACGACCGAGCAAGUGAUGGACUUCACCACCACUGCUGACAACCUCGCCCAUCAGUUUCAGUGGACCAUGCCCGACUCGCCGUGUGCCAACUGUGCCGUCGGCGGCUUCUCUUGCAAGAAGAUACAAGAGGGUCAGUAUAAGGGUUACUGCACGACCUGUGUAGCUCUGAGGGUGGACUGCAGCUUUGGUGUCACGGCCGAGCCUCUGAACCCCACGACCACGGCCCCCUUUGGCAUCAACCCUUGGAUGUCAUCUGAACCCAACCCGCCCAAUACGGUCCUAGAGGAUGCUCAAGAUGACUCUUGCCAGUCCUCUCGUAAUGACUCAGUCACAGAUCUGACCAACUUGACCGACACAUUCAACAAAGCGGCGCCUCCUCCCAAAAUUGGAGCUCGAUUCUCUCGAGAGUCUGUCCGCAUCCUCAAGAACUGGCUCUCGACUCACAACCGUCACCCCUAUCCCAGUGACGAGGAGAAAGAGAUGCUACAGCGCCAGACCGGCUUGAAUAAGACACAGAUCACUAAUUGGCUUGCCAAUGCUCGCCGCCGUGGCAAGGUCCAGGCCCCUCGCUCGACUUCACCACACUACACCAGCUCCUGGUCGGGCCCCAUUGACAUUCCUCAACGCCGAGGAACGCCUGCUCUCGAAGCCAUGAACCCCCUGCAGCGAUGGGAGCACUCGCCCCCGGAAAACGAACCCGCGUCCGUCACUGCCAUUGCCAGAGCCGUCACUGCAUCAUCCUCUGGCAUGUCGUCGGGCCUCAACAGUCCUUUCAGCUUCCACUACACUGACGAUGGCUCGAGCAAGUCCCUCUGCAACCAGUCCUCUGUCAGCAGUUUGGGAACCUCUCAUUCGAGCAAUGGAUCGCUCGGAUCGGCCUAUUCUCAUGGGUCACGCAACUCAUGGGGCUCCUUUGGUUCAGCCCCUUUCAACUCUCGAGGCCGCCGCCGCCGUCGCAGAAGGACCUCGACAAAGCCGGGCAAAGAGCCGAGCAAGACUAGCUUGUCUGCACCUCUCAAGACCUUCCAGUGUACAUUCUGUACGGAAACAUUCAGAACUAAGCACGACUGGCAGCGCCAUGAAAAAUCGCUGCAUCUGUCUCUUGAGCGAUGGGUCUGCUCCCCUCAUGGGCCCCGAGCUGUCAAUCCUGACACUGGUAUGCUCUCUUGCGUCUUCUGUGGGGAGGCCAACCCCGACGACGCGCACAUCGAAAGCCACAAUCACUCGGCCUGUCAAGAGCGUAGCCCAGAGGAGAGGACUUUCUACCGAAAGGAUCAUCUCAACCAGCACCUGCGUCUGGUUCACAACAUCAAAUUUCAGGACUGGUCGAUGAAGUCAUGGAAGGUUGCAACGCCUGAAAUUCGGUCCCGGUGUGGUUUCUGCGGUAUCAUUAUGGAUACUUGGACAAUCCGUGUCGAUCAUCUGGCGGAGCAUUUCAAGACUGGUUAUUCCAUGGCUGACUGGAAGGGUGACUGGGGUUUCGAUAACCCUGUACUCGAGAUGGUCGAGAACUCUAUGCCUCCAUAUCUGAUUCAUUAUGAACGCACCUCCCCGUUGCCAUACGUAGCGAACCAGUCCCCGCCAGAGUCACCUCGCAACGCCUACGAACUGAUCAAACUGGAGAUGGCCUUCUUCAUGCGGAACUAUGAGGACCAGCACGGACGACUACCCAACGACGAGGAGAUGAUGGUGGAAGGAUGCCGUAUUAUUUUCGCCAGCGAAUUGUUGUCUCUCCAAGGUAUCGCCACGCGCCCUUCCUGGCUUCGUGACCUUAUCAUGAGCUCCGACUCGCACCAGCAAAAGGCCAGAUUCGGUCCUCUGCGAGGAGCGGCUGAAAACAGACUGGCUACGCUGAAGAUUAAUGGCAAGGACAACUUGUUCGAGGAGUGCCCUAUGGAGGUGCAACUCCAGGAGUUUGUCAAGACAAAGAGGUUACUGGGCCUGACCGCUAUGGAUGAUGAGCUCCAGGAGGAGGCUUGUCGCAUUGUUGGUCGUGUCGAAGAGGUGUCGACCCAUCCCUCAGACGCCAUCGCCAACUGGCUGCUGCGCCUGGCCGUGUCGUCUACUCACUGGCUCGCCUCUUUCCGCCGACGAGCACACUUGCCACGAAGCGAGGAUGUCAAAGAUCACAUUUGCCGGUCAACCGAUCCCUUGUCCAUCGACUCGACCAUCCACAGUUAUACUCGGCUGGAGCGAGAGCUAGGAGACUAUCUCAAACUGCAGCGGUUGAUGGGGUCGGAACCCACCGACGAGGAUCUCCAACGACAGGCUCGUAUCAUUAUAUACGAAUUCGACGACGGCUGGAACCAGACGGCUGCCGACAACAUGUCAUGGCUCGAGAGCUUCAAAGCCCGACACCCUCCGACAACAGAGAGCUCGCCGGCUUUCUCACUCCAACCCAGCACCACGUCGACCUUGGGCGGCACCACGGCGACCAACGCCACGACGACAUCGCCUGACUGCCCAGUUCUCCAAGGCUGCAAUAGCCCCUUUAACGUGUGCAACUUGGGGACUUCCCAGCCUGGACCGUACUUCCUCAAUGACGCCAACUGCUACCGACGGUUGGCAAAGGAGCUGGGAAGAUGGGUGGGAGCCACUAUGUCAUCCAACAACCCAAACCAGCAUGUGCCGACCGACGCCGAGCUCCAGCACCAGGCGCGCUGGAUUCUAUAUGAUGACGAUGAUCCAUGGAACCAGACUGCUGCAGACAACGCCGAGUGGCUGCAGAGGUUCAAGCGUGACGUUGGAAUUCUCAAGACGGAUGGACCUGGUCUCCCUGUGAGCGACGGAUGGGCUCUCGAGCAAGGUGGUUCAGGAUUUGCGCCACCAUACGCCUGUCCCAAGGCCUCACUCGAGCCGUUCCCGGCCAACGCCCACGUCCCAAUGGGACAGGGUGCCAAGUCCCUCCCCGCGGCCGUUGCCAACAGCUAUCUCGAGAACCUGACGUCACAAGCUGCGCGUCCGGCUAUGGUCUUCUGCUCCCGAGAGCUGGAGCGUGGCCUGGUCGACUACGUGGAGGACCAUGUGGCCUGCACGGGACGUAUGCCCUCUGAUGACAUGAUCAAGGCGCGAGGACGACAGAUCCUUGGCGCAAACACGACGCCCGCUGAGGACGGAGACCUAAUGGAGAAGUUCAAGGCCAUGGUGGCCAAGAAGGUUCCCCACGCGCUGCCUGCGCAAGAAGCUGAGGCGGCAGCCUCUGAAAUGCCCAGCAACAUGGGCGUGAACAUCUCGGACGCGGACCUGGACAACAUUUUGCAAGACAUGAACUUUGAGUUUGAUCCUCAAGACUUUGGAGGCGUUACGAUGGAAGGCCUGCAAGACGCGGGCGGCGUUAGUCUGAACAUGACGGGCUUUAACAACUAG